CACAAUCAAUUUACCUCCUGAGCAAGGAAACAUUCUCUAUAAACCCAAUAGAAAAGGCAGUACACACACCACACUUCGUUUACUCUGGAAACACCCUGUACUUGUUAUGUUACUUUUGCACUUGUUCUCCUCCCAUUUCGCGUUUCGCGUGUUUUCUCCGUAGUCUCAGAGCAAAAUCCACCCGCUCAGAAAUGGCUGCAGGGAGGAAAACACAGACAUUUUUUGCUAGCAAAAGUAUACCUUCAUCUCCAGAUCUGGUGAGCAGCUCUUCAUCUGUAAGAAAUUUGGGAAAGAAUCACCUGGGCGGGGUCAUAUUUGGUUGCAACAACAAUACCAUUAAGGAAUGUCUCCUUAAACAACUCUUUGGCCUACCAGCUCAGCACUUUUCAUAUGUGAAGAAUAUUGAUCCUGGCUUACCACUCUUCCUAUUCAACUACAGUAACAGAAAACUUAGUGGAAUCUUUGAGGCUGCCAGCCCUGGCCAAAUGAAUAUUAACCCUUACGGCUGGACCACUGAUGGUUCAGAGAGAACAUUAUAUCCUGCACAGGUUCAGAUCCUUGUCCGCAAGCAUUGCCAGCCACUGCCUGAAAAUCAGUUUAAACCAAUAAUUUCUGACAACUACUACACUGAGACACAUUUCUGGUUUGAGCUAGACCACGCUCAAGCAACUAGACUCAUGUCCUUAUUUGCACCUUUAGCAGUUGCUCCAAGUACUUCUGUACCACGGAAUACUGCAAAGUGGAGAGCUAUUUUUCAGGCUUUUCCCCUGAAUGACGUCGUAGAGAAAGGUGAAGGGUUUAAGCCACUUACUUUGGAAAUCAAGCAUUCUAAUCACUCAAGUCAGAAAUUGGAUGUUGCUUAUGCAUUUGAUGGAUACAACCAGAUAUCGGAAGCUCACUCCGAUGUAAAGUUAGUUGAGCAAGAUGAGAAAGAAGUAAUUGUCAUGAAACUGAAAGAAUUGGCUCGUUGCCGUGAGCAUCAAGACUUGCCUACAUUGCGUAAUGUAGAAGAUACUGCUGUUAUGAAUGGUAUUCAAUUGGAACACAAAUAUUUUCAAAGGGAGCAAACAGGUGCGGAGGACAAGAAUGAAGAUAAUCCUCAGUCAUCAUCUGAGUGUCAGUCCAUCAUAACUCAGUUGAUUCAAGAGGUGCAAGAGCUAAAGGCUUUUAACACAGAACAAACUCAGAAGAUUGGCAUUUUGGAGCAGAAGCUGAUGGAGGCAGAAAUGGAAAUUCUGCUUUUGAAAGAUCAUCGUGUGAUGUUGGAACCUGUGUCCAAUCCUUCUGACACACUUGGUAAUGAUACAAUCAUUGAGGCUAUUGAUGAGCUCCAUAUGGAUCAAUCUGUGUCAAAUCCUUCUGAGGAACUUGUUAAUGAGACAGUUAUUGACUCAUUGGAUGAGCUCCAUUUGGACCCUAAUGAGUCAAUAUAUCUGAUAGGAGGAUAUGAUGGUGAAUCAUGGUUGUCAUCAUUGAAUUCAUAUCAUCCUUCUCAGGACAUGAUAAAAUCUCUGAGGCCUAUGAGCUCUGUCAGAUCAUACUCUUCAGCUGCCCAGUUGAAUGGUGAACUUUAUGUAUUUGGUGGGGGAAACGGAUAUGUAUGGUAUGACACAGUUGAGUCGUACAACCCAGCUAAUGAUGAGUGGACUUUGCAACCUCCACUAAAUCAGGAAAAGGGUAGUCUAGCUGGUGCUACUAUAGAUAAUAAAAUAUUUGCCAUUGGUGGGGGGAAUGGCAUGAAAAGCUUUUCAGAAGUUGAAAUGCUUGAUUUAGACAUUGGAAGAUGGAUAUCAACACGGUCAAUGCUAGAAAAGCGGUUUGCUCUUGCUGCAGCGGAACUGAAUGGUGUGCUUUAUGCUACGGGCGGAUAUGAUGGGAAUGAUUACUUGAAUUCUGCUGAGAGAUUUGACCCUAGAGAACAUUCUUGGACAAGAAUUGCAAGUAUGAAUACAAAGAGGGGCUCCCAUUCCCUGGUUGUUUUCAAUGAGAAAUUAUAUGCUCUGGGUGGAUAUGAUGGAAAUACGAUGGUUCCAAGUGUUGAAAUAUUUGAUCCACGUCAGGGAUCAUGGAUUUGUGGUGAACCAAUGGUAAACCCUAGGGGAUAUUCUGCUGCUGGUGUUAUCAAGGAUUCUAUCUAUGUAAUUGGAGGAAUUAAAAUGUGCGGUACUGUUAUUGACACGGUUGAAACUUACAAGGAUGGUCAGGGUUGGCAAGAAACCCACACAAAGGCCCUUGGGAAAAGGUGCUUCACUUCAGCCAUUGUUUGCAGUCAUGAUGUGGAAGGUCAAGGAGGCUUCACAUAAUUGCUCUUGUUCAAAUAUAGAAGAAGAAGAUUUCGUCUCAACCAAUUUAGCUUGCUAAGAAAGACUAUAAUUUUUGUUCUCCGAGUAUCAUCACGCUUGAUGGAGCUCGAAGGAUAUUUUUGUUUUUUGGUUUUCCUUUUCUCUUCAUUUUAGUUUUGGGUUUUUGUUAUUUGUGGUACUUUUGAGCAUUUGGUACUUGUUAAUAUGCAGUAUGUGAUACUAUGCAGCCAAGCAGCUUCUGAA